UACUUACUUAGUUAGCUAUACCUAGGUAAUUUUAGCGUUUGAUUGGCUCACCUUUUUAAUUGCUGCAAGGCUGCUCUCUGUCUCCAUAUUAAUUUUUGAGACCCGACGACUCCAACAUCAGAACAGACACUGGUGAGGUAACCAUUCUCUCCGGGCGCAGAAUCCAAUAAAUAUCCAAUGGCUACAGUUUUGGGAAAGCGCAAAUCGCGCAUACAAAAGUCAGACCCUUCAGUCAACCCAGACGAAGUUCAAGCGAAACUUGCUCGAUGUUUUGCUGCCCAAUUUCCGUCAUUACUGCCCCCUGCGAAACCGAUACCAGCAUCGGAACCUGAGAUAGAAGAUGAUGGAUCGGAUGGUAAUUCGUGGGAUGGCUUCUCCGAGGACGGAGCGGAGGACGACUCCUCAACACCCUCCACCGUCGUCGAGGUCGUAUCACAUGCCGACACAUAUUCAGCCACCACAAGAACCCUCGACAAGCGCGAAAGUCGAGCCUGGCUAUCGUCAAGACCGCCCCUAGCCACCGCCGCAGAUUCUAUCUCGUCGACAAACAAGAAAUCGAAGGCUACAACAGACGAAGAAGACGCGCCAUCAUUAUUGAAGAACGACCUUGCUCUUCAGAGGUUGCUUGCAGAAAGUCAUCUCUUCUCAUCCGCGGGCGCAGACUCUGGGGACGCGACUGAGCACGUAGGGCGCAACCGACACCUAGCGACGGACCUGCGACUAUCUGUACUAGGCUCCAAGGCUUCGAUCUACAAGCAGGAGAAGAUGCCCAUGUCGAUGCGGAAGGGGAUCCAAGCUGCUGCCGAGGGGCGAGAGACAAAGCGCCGACAAGAGGCGCGUGAGAAUGGCAUAGUGCUGGAACGACCGACGGCUUCGAAGAAGACGUCCAAGAGCAAGAGGAGUGGCGCCUCGAGCGCCAUCGACGCCCCUGCUGUUGGUAGGAUGAACAAUGGCAUGCUGAAGCUAAGUAAGAGGGAUAUUGCGGAUCUUGAGGGUGGCGGACCCCGGAAAGGCGGGACGUUUACUAAGAAGCGGCGGAGAUGAUAAAUAGGGCGCUUGAGAAUAGAAAAGAGCCCUCAAUUUCGUGAUGAGUUGUGAUGAGGAUGGCUAUGCAUUCAAUAUACCCCAAAUUCAUGAUAUUCCAGGCUUUAUGCAUUACAUUAAAUCGAUUUGCUACGCGAUCCUAAUUGCGGCUGCUGGGUCUACCUAGUGAGUAGAAUACCC